AUGUCUCACUUUAUUAAUGUACUCAGCUCGGAAACUCCCCAGUGGCAUCUGGAUGUGGCUGACCUAGAAGGAUUGAUACGGCCUGGAGAUGUGAUGAUUGGAAUUGUGUUGCCUUUUCAUCUGGAAAAUGAACUCCAGCGUAACACCUUCGCUAAGAGACCACGCAGGUCCACCUGCUCCAAUGGAUUCCUUUUUAUUGUGCAGGAACAUGUUAAAUACAAAUGGUUUAGUUCUAACUACUUCCAGCAGCUCCAAGUGAUGAUCUUUGCAAUAGAUGAAAUCACAAAGAAUUCUAUUCUUCCCAACAUCACUCUGGGCUUCCAGGUCUAUGACUCCUGUAUGGUGAUACAGCAAACUUUAGAAGCAGUAUUGCACUCGUUGACAGGAAACGGGAUGGUUGUUCCCAACUACCGAUGUCUUCUAGGUGCCCCCCUAAGUGCGGUCAUUGGUCACCCAGCUUCCACACACUCUAUACUCCUGGCUCAGGUUCUUGGGCUCCUCCGCUACCCGCAGCUUCUAAACUAUAUGAAGAAAGCGCGGUUAAAACUGACCGAUGAGAGAGAGCUUUACUUUGAUGAGAAUGGAGACCCUCCAGCUGUCUACGACAUUGUGAACUUGCAGCUGACUCCAGUGGGCACCAUACAACACGUCAAAAUUGGCAGUUAUGACACCACGGCAGAUUUUGGUCAAAUUUUUAGCGUAAACACAAGUAUUAUUCAGUGGGCCACCAGUGAUCAACAGGUCCCCCGGUCGGUCUGCAGUGAAAGCUGUCCAGUUGGAUUUCGGAAGGCUCCAAGAAAAGGACAACCUGUCUGUUGCUAUCAGUGUGUGCUUUGUCCUAAUGGAGAGAUCUCUAAUCAGUCAGGUUCUUUUGAUUGCAUCAAGUGUCCGUGGGAUCAUUGGCCAAAUGCUCAGAAAUCCAUGUGUCUUCCUAAAACCACUGAGUACCUAUCUUAUGACGAUCCACUAGGAGUAACAUUAGCAGUGACCACCAUUGUCUCUUCUCUGGUUCCUAGUGUCAUCCUGAGACUUUUUGUCCAGUAUAGGAAAAGCCCCAUAGUGAAAGCCAGCAAUUACAAUCUGAGCUGUCUUCUCCUCCUCUCCUCGUCUCUGUGUUUCUUUUCUUCUUUGACUUUUAUUGGACCUCCUCAAAGAGAGACAUGUCUCCUACGGCAAUCUGCAUUUGGCAUGGUUUUUACUCUAUGUGUGUCUUGUAUCUUGGCCAAAACCAUCAUGGUAGUCUUUGCCUUCAUGGCCACCAGACCUGGUAGCAAACUGAAGAUAUGGACCAGUCCUUGGGUUUCAUACUUAAUAAUACUUACCUGUACUCUUCUACAACUAACUUUGUGCAUCAUCUGGUUGGCAGUUGCCUCUCCAUUUCCAGAACUCAACACUACACCUGACACAAGAGUCAUGAGCUUUGAGUGCAAUGAAGGCUCAGCUAUCGCCUUCUGGGCUAUGUUGGGGUAUCUUAGUCUCUUAGCCUUCACUAGUUUCAUUGUGGCCUUUUUGGCUAGGAGGCUUCCUGACAGCUUCAACGAGGCCCAGUAUAUAACUUUCAGCAUGGUGGCCUUCCUCAGUGUCUGGAUCUCUUUCAUCCCGGCUUACCUUAGUGCUCAGGGCAAGUACACGGUGGCCAUGGAAAUUUUUGCCAUACUGUCUUCUAGUUGGGCAUUGCUGAUUUGUAUGUUUUUUCCUAAAUGUUUCAUCAUAUUGUUCAGACCAGAUAUGAAUUCCAGAGAAUAUCUCAUGAGGAAAGGCAAAACACCAUCUAACUGA